UCUUUUUUUUUACAGAACACAACACACUCUCUGUUUUGUUUUGUUGUAAUCAUCACCAUGGCCACUGAUAGAGAGAAUCUACUCUCAGAUGAUUACGAUGAACCGGCGGCUUUUUGCGGAUGUGGGUAUUUUCGUAAACUCUGUGUAGUCCGGUGGCGGCGGCGAAGAGGAGGAGACGACGAGGAGGCGCGUCUCGAGCAUCGCAGUCGGAGCAGUGGAUGGAGCGGUGGUGGCUCUUUGCAAGAAGAAAGAGGGGGGAGGUGGGGGAGUGGGAAACUUAAGGGGCUAAAAGAGAUUUCUGAGAAAAUCGCGGGGCCGAAGUGGAAAAACUUUAUAAGAAGUUUCAGUAACAGCAGGAAGAAGAUGAGGAGAGAUGUUGAUUUCACUUAUGAUCUUAAAAACUAUAGUCUUAAUUUUGAUGACGGCGGUUGUAGUAGUAGUGAAGAUCCUUCACCGGAGAGGUUUGUAGCUCCGGUUGUUACUAAAGUUUGAUUUUUUUUUUUUGUAAUGUUUUUUUUUUUUUUUGAUAUUUAUGUUAAUAUGAAGAUACCUAUGGGGUUAUAAUUAAAUUCGUAUUGAAUUAGGUUCUAA